CACGGGAGAUCCCAAGGGCGUCAUGCUCACACAUAAGAACUUACUGCAUAAUGUGGAUUUGAUGCAGGCUGAAAUUGGUUUAAACGAAGAUUCCGUUAUUGCUUUUUGGGUACCACAAUUUCAUGACCUUGGACUUAUCGGCGGUUUCCUGAACACUGUCCGCGGAGCUUGCAAGUCGUGCGUGAUGUCACCGUUGACGUUCUUGCAAAAACCAGAAAGUUGGCUUCAGAUGAUAACCAAGUAUAAUGCGACAUACACCGCGGCACCGAAUUUCGCGUAUGAACUAGCGGCGAGAAAAUGUCCCGAGGAAACCAUAGCCACCUUGGAUCUGAGCUCGUUAAGAGGUGCUUUCAAUGGCGCAGAACCUGUUCGUUGGUCCACCCUAAAAUCAUUCGCCAAGAAAUUCGGUCCGGCCGGAUUCAAAUUAUCAAUGUUCAAGUGUCUCUACGGUCUGGCCGAACACUGCGCCUACACUGUUGGAUUUCGUAACCUAUACGACGUGCCCACAGUCAUCGAUAUCGACCCUGUAGCUCUCCGGAAAG